AUGUUUUCGUCGCUUCUGCGAUCUCUCCCCCAGCUUGGGCGGAGAUGGAAACCUCUCGAUUUCUCCAACACCAACUUUGUACGGAUACCCGAGUGGCACAAGAUUGAAGAAGAGACUCUUCCGGACUAUAUCGCCUCGGACUAUUAUCCAACCCGAAUCGGAGAAGUCAUCAAGGAGCGGUAUCAAGUGAUCGGCAAACUGGGAUUUGGGUCAACCUCAACUGUAUGGCUUGCACGAGACAUGGAUGACCGGCGUUAUGUCAUGCUCAAAAUCUUCGUCCGGGCUUCGUCUAUGGGCAAACAAGUGGAUAACGAGCUCAAUAUGUAUAAAUACAUGGAGGAGUCCCCAACAGCCCAUCCCGGUCACGAUGUGAUAAGAACGUUACUUGAUACAUUUUAUAUCGACGGAUCCCAAGACAAAAAUCGAUGCCUUGUGCAUCCCCCGUUAUGGGAGAGUGUUUUAGCUUUCUUACGCCGCAACCCGGUAGAGAGGCUUCCCUCGCCAGUCAUUGCAGUCGUUCUUCAUCGCCUAUUUUUAGCAUUGGAUUAUCUUCAUACAGAGUGCCACAUUACACACACUGAUAUCAAGGCUGAUAACAUCUUGUUCGGGAUCAAGGAUAAUUCAGUCUUCACUGACUUUGAAGAGCACGAAUUACAAAAACCUGUUCCGAGGAAAGAGGUAGACACGGACGGAAGAACAAUAUAUAUGUCCCAGGAACUCAAAGUACCCAAACAAGUCAGCUCCCCCAUCCUUUGUGAUUUUGGUUCGGCCGUACACGGUGAUCAGUACCACUCGGUAUUUAUUCAACCUCAAAUCUACCGUGCACCAGAGGUAAUUUUGGGCGUUCCAUGGACGUUUAGCGCCGAUAUAUGGAAUGUGGGAUGCAUGAUCUGGGAUAUAUAUGAAGGUGGUUCCCUAUUUACAGGUCAAGACCCCGAAUAUGAAAGAUACCGGAGCCGGGCACACCUUGCCGAGAUGAUCAAUCUCCUUGGCCCCCCGCCUCCUAGUCUUCUUACCCAAGGGGAGCUGACUGACAAAUUCUUUUCGAGUGAAGGUGAGCUUCUUAUUCUCACUGCAAUUUUUUGA